AUGUCUAUCCCAACGACUGAAAUCAUUAUCUUCGACACUUCAGAGGAGUUUCGUAACGACCCCUCAAUUUUACGCCCUGCGUUCGACAUAGUUUCGAAGGCGGAUGGCAUCCAGAUGCCCGCCUACGCUGGAGUGCAGAUCGAGAACCCAGCCACAGGCUAUGUCUUCCUCAACUGGGAUAGCCAAGAGCACCAUCAGGCGAUGAUAGCGUCCCCCUUGCACGAUACUCUGCGUGAAGCCCUGAAACCCGUCUUAGGGGGUUCGGAGAAGAUAUACCAUGUGAUAUUUAACAAACAUCCCACUGCACUCCAGCAGCCUGUCACGGAAAUCCUCUGCCUUGCGCUCAAAGACCCUAGUAAUCGCGCAGAGGUGUUGGACAUAUUCACUAAGAACUCGGCCUCACCUGUGAAAAUAAACACGUUUGGGUCUACGCUGGAGGAUGAGAAUUUGUUUAUUCUUGUUGGUGGUUGGCUGAGUGUCGAAUCUCAUUGGCAGAUGCAUAAGGGAAUGAUCACUUCUAGUCCUGAGCUGAAAGCUCAGCUCGAACGGUUGCAAGCUCUUACCGAUAAGAAACAUCUGUUCCACACCGCAUUAACCCCGUACGAAUAUAAGGAGCAGUUGGCAGUUAAUGUUAGCCUUGAGGUAGCAUCCCCAGAGUAA